GGAGUCAUUCCGCCUAGGUCGCCAACGCGAUCGGCGGCGUGGGGGGGAGAGUGAGCCACGUGAAGAUGGGUCGCCCCAGGCCUCGAUGAGCGGCUGCCGUCCCUCGGCCCCUCCCUCUGGGUGGGUAUAAUAAAUAAGCCAGACAGGAGGAGAGGCACAAAGCAGCUUCCCCGGGAAAAUGCCCCCCGGGCGCGAGAAAUGGAGCCGCUCGAGCGCCGCGAAGAGGGCGGCGUGCUUGCUGGCUGCGGUGUACGGGCUGAAGAUCCUCUGCCCGCUCGUCCGCAGGCGGCUCCGGCAGGCUGGCUGCAAAAAGGACCCGCAGCAGAGGCAGAUCGCCAGCAGCAGCAGCAGCCGGGCUGACGGCGGGGAUCUUCCGAAGGAGGUGGCGGAGCUGCAGCUGCUGCCUUGCCCGGGUCUCCCCGCCGGCAGAGCGUCUCCGGCGGCCAAUGCGGAAUUUUUCCGGCAGCUUCUUGCGCUGCGCAAGAUCCUCUUCCCCAAGGCGGUGAGCGCGGAGAGCGGCUGGCUGUGCCUGCACUCGGCGGCGCUGGUGUCGCGGACCUUCCUCUCCAUCUACGUGGCCGGCCUGGACGGCAAGAUCGUCAAGAGCAUCGUGGAGAAGCGGCCGCGCAGCUUCGCCUGGAAGCUGAUCAAGUGGCUCGCCAUCGCCAUCCCGGCCACGUUCGUCAACAGCGCCAUCCGCUACCUGGAGGGCAAGCUGGCGCUGGCUUUCCGCACCCGCCUGGUGGAUCACGCCUACGAGACCUACUUCGCCGACCAGACCUACUACAAGGUGAUCAACAUGGACAGCCGGCUGGCUAACCCGGACCAGUCGCUCACCGAGGACAUAGCGAUGUUCUCGCAGUCGGUGGCGCACCUCUACUCCAACCUGACCAAGCCCAUCCUGGACGUGGUGCUCACCUCGUACACCCUCAUCCAGACGGCCAGGUCCAGGGGGGCCAGCCCCAUCGGGCCCACGCUUCUGGCCGGGCUGGUGGUGUACGCCACCGCCAAGGUGCUCAAAGCCUGCUCGCCCAGAUUUGGCAAGCUGGUAGCCGAGGAGGCCCAUCGCAAGGGCUACCUGCGCUACGUCCACUCUCGGAUCAUCGCCAACGUAGAGGAGAUUGCCUUCUACAGGGGCCAUAAGGUAGAAAUGAACCAGCUACAGAAAAGUUACAAAGCUCUAGCAGACCAAAUGAACCUCAUUUUGUCCAAACGCUUGUGGUACAUCAUGCUGGAGCAGUUUCUGAUGAAGUACGUCUGGAGCAGCAGCGGUUUGAUUAUGGUGGCUGUACCUAUCAUCACUGCAACGGGAUUUGCAGAUGGCGAACUAGAAGACGGUCAAAAACAAGGGAUGGUCAGCGAGAGGACGGAAACCUUCACCACUUCAAGAAAUUUAUUGGCCUCUGGAGCAGAUGCCAUUGAAAGGAUUAUGUCUUCUUACAAAGAGGUCACAGAGUUAGCAGGCUACACAGCUCGUGUGUACAACAUGUUUUCAGUCUUCGAUGAAGUGAAGAGGGGCAUUUACAAAAGGACAGUUGUUUCUCAAGAAUGUGAAAGCAACAAUAAGAAAACAGAUAAAACAGAGCAACAUAUCGACGGCCCAUUGGAAAUCAAGGGAAGAGUAAUAGAUGUUGAUCAUGGAAUUAUCUGUGAAAAUGUUCCUAUUAUUACCCCAAAUGGAGAUGUGGUGGCUUCAAGGCUAAACUUCAAAGUGGAAGAAGGUAUGCAUCUUCUAAUCACUGGACCUAAUGGUUGUGGGAAGAGUUCUCUCUUCAGGAUUCUAAGUGGUUUGUGGCCUGUCUAUGAAGGAGUUCUUUACAAGCCACCUCCUCAGCAUAUGUUCUAUAUUCCUCAGAGACCUUACAUGUCCAUUGGAACUCUGCGGGAUCAAGUGAUCUAUCCGGACUCUGUGGACGACAUGCGCGAGAAGGGCUACCAAGACCAGGAUCUGGAGUGCAUCCUGCAGAUAGUUCACUUGAAUCACAUAGUGCAAAGAGAAGGAGGGUGGGAUGCUGUUACAGACUGGAAGGAUGUCCUGUCCGGAGGAGAAAAGCAGAGAAUGGGCAUGGCUCGGAUGUUUUACCACAAGCCCAAAUAUGCAUUGCUGGAUGAGUGUACAAGCGCUGUCAGCAUUGAUGUCGAAGGAAAAAUAUUCCAGGCUGCUAAGGGGGCUGGCAUAUCCCUGCUUUCAAUAACACACAGACCAUCUCUUUGGAAGUACCAUACACACUUGCUACAGUUUGAUGGGGAAGGACACUGGCGCUUUGAACAGUUGGACAAUGCUAUCCGCUUAACCCUCAGUGAGGAGAAACAAAGACUAGAAUCCCAGCUUGCAGGAAUGCCAAAAAUGCAGCAGAGACUGAACGAACUUUGCAAAAUCUUAGGGGAAGAUUCCGUGCUUAAAACAAUGGACAAAGAAGAAUAAAUGUUUUUAGUUAAUUUCCCCACCCCAAUUUUUUAAAAAGUUAACAAUGCACUUUGAUUUCUGAGGCACAAUGGUUUGCAUGCACCUGAUUAGUGUAGACUGUAAGGAAUUGGCCACAAACUCAAUGCUUCAGAUAACUGUCAACUUUAUAAUGUUAAGGUAGAAAGUGGUUCAAACUAAGGCUGUCCUGAAUUUUAGUGAGUUCUGGUUUUCAGUGUGGAAAAAAAAAAGGUUAUGGGAAGGUGUAUGAAAAGGCUCUUGCAAAAUCUUCUACCUUCCUAAUACAGUGGUACCUCGGGUUAAGAACUUAAUUCGUUCUGGAGGUCCGUUCUUAACCUGAAACUUUUCUUAACCUGAGGUACCACUUUAGCUAAUGGGGCCUCCCGUCGCCACCACACAAUUUCUGUUCUCAUCCUGAAGCAAAGUUCUUAACCCGAGGUAGUAUUUCUGGGUUAGUGGAGUCUGUAACCUAAAGCGCCUGUAACCCGAGGUACCACUGUAUGCUGCUGGUUUGAUGCAAUUUUUAGGGCUUUGUUUCCCCCCCCAACUGGUUUCAGGCACAGCACGACAGAGCAAAUCAGAUUUGAAGAUGUGACAACAUGCUCUGAGUGCUGGGGGGCAAAAGAGGCAACCAGAGAAGGGUUAUGACACAGUGGGAGAGCACAUGGGUUGCAUGUAAACGUCCUAUGUUCAAUCCCCAGCAUCUCCUGGUAGAGACCUAGCCCUGAAGACCCACAUCCAGUCAUUGUAGGCAAUAUUGAGCUACAUGGACCAAUAGUCUGACUCAAUGUAGGGCAGCUUCUUGUAUUCCCUAGAUUUCUUGCUGUAUGACAAGUUGUUUGCUGCCAACUAGUCCAUGUUGUGCGUUCUGAUGUUUGACAGUUAGGGACAGAAUGAGAAUGUAAGAAUGCUGAAAAUUUACAUCCAGAGGCAGAUCUAACGGAUGAAAGUCUACAUUUGGGUAUGCAUUAGUUGCGCAUAUAAAUUUCAGAUGCCAUGCAUCAAUUUUGCAAUGUAUGUGCAUGUGUAUCCAAGUGGUUGCCCACAUUAUGUCCUAACUAUGUAUUCAGCUAUCUGUAUUUAUUCAGGACUGGCUCCUGGGUUGAGUAGGCUUUGGGCAAAGUGCUGUUGGGCAAGCACUCCUUUGCCAUGGUGCCUCCCUAACAUUUCUGGGGGUCAGGAGGGACAUACAAGGGUGGCUGGAGGCAGCAAAGAGCCCAAAUGCCCCAGAAAACCUCUGUUUCCAGGACACUGUUGGAAACAGGGGUGGCAUCCACCACCUGCGUUGUUCUUAGAUUAUUAUUUUAGAGCCCAGACCAGUAGUCAACCAUGAUACGGGGCCUAGUAGAUUCUCUAAGGAGCCCCCAGCUGAAUCUGAGCCCACAGAUCUAGAUCAGGGAACGAUCUAGGAUCUUUUUCCCAGCCGGCACUCACCUGAACUCAUUUCCGGCACCUCUCAGGUGAGCGCCAUUGCCAUUAUAUAAGAGAACAAGGGAGGUGUUCAUGGUGAGUUCCGGCACCUCUUUUUCUAGAAAAAUAGCAUCGGUAAGACCCUAGCACCCACCCCCAUGGGGGCACUGACAUUUCUUUGCAAAACGGUGCAGAAAAUUCACUGGAAAAGUAGGGCUUGUGUCAUGGUGGUGUGUGGUGUGAUAGAACUGUUUGCAAAACACGCUCCUCCUUUUCAGCUCGGCACUAGUUUGAAACCCAGAAAAUUAUCAAGAAAUGCACUGUAUAUAUCAAUCAUUAUACUCACGGUCGGUGCUCCUGGGAAGCUCCUUGUGUGGUUGGAUUACCGUGACAGAUUCUUGCUUCAAAGCCAGGAGGUAGAAUAUGAUCUCCCACCAUCCUGCCAUGCGCAUAUGAUAUGCCUGGUGUAUUCUGCAGGCAUGGAGUGACAGAAGGGCAGGGCUUGGUGAGUAUGCAGGUGCAUGGGGGGGAGGGGGAGGCAGAAUAUCACAUAUAUGGAGGGGGGUGUCAUUUUUUAUUUUAAAAAACCUGUAAAAAUGAUAUUUGCAAAUAAUAACACAUGCAUGUCAGCAGCUGUGCUUUCCUAGGAAGCAACAAAAUGACAGGCAGCUUAGAAGAUAAGGGGAUGGCCCUGGCCUUUCCAUUCUGUGCACGAAAUGGCAAGUAUGUCGCAAAGAAGAAAUUUGGAGGCUGUUUUCUACUCUUACACUGGGAGGCAUGCACCUGCGCUCUGUAACAGCAAUGGGCACUCGUAUCUACCUCUCACUUUUCCUCAAAGGAAUUCAAGGUGAUAUACUACGAGUUCAUUCCAUUUAUUUUCACAAAACUAUACGCUGCUUCCCUUGUUGCUCCUAUUUUAGUUAUCACUGUUGUAGCAAUAGAGGGAGACCAUUGUAAACUGCUUCAAGAUGACAGGUGGUUCCUAUAAUGGGCCGUUUGGGGUGUACCAGCCACAUGCACGGAAAGUUAGCAUAUACACCAAUGCAAGGUUCACUGGCUGCUAUUUUGGCAAGGUUAUGGUGAUUUCUGAUUCCUUUUUGUAUUUUGGAAAGAAUGGUCUAUCCUUGGAAAAUGGAAGGUUACUUUCGAUUGGGUUCUGCUGCUUUCCAGGCCGCCAAAUUCCAUAUUCCAGGCACCUGACUUGAAUGCCCAUUGCUUGUUGGUUCUUCCACCGACAAGGUAUAAGAAUUUGCCUUCUAUCAGGUUAGACUCUGUGUCCAUUUAGCCCAGGGGUCAGCAACCUUUUUCAGCUGUGAGCCAGUCCACCGUCCCUCAGACCAUGUGGUGGGGCUGGACUGUCUUUUGGGGGGGAAAUGAACGAAUUCCUAUGCCCCACAAAUAACCCAGAGAUGCAUUUUAAAUAAAAGGACACGUUCUACUCAUGUAAAAACACGCUGAUUCCCAGACCGUCUGCGGGCCGGAUUGAGAAGGCAAUUGGGCUGUAUCCGGCCCCUGGGCCUUAGGUUGCCUAUUCCUGAUUUAGCCCCAUAUUAUCUACACCAGGCAUCCCCAAACUUCGGCCCUCCAGAUGUUUUGGACUACAAUUCCCAUCUUCCCCGACCAAUGGUCCUGUUAGCGAGGGAUCAUGGGAGUUUUAGGCCAAAACAUCUGGAGGGCCGCAGUUUGGGGAUGCCUGGUCUACACUGACUCGCAGCAGCUGUCUACUAGAGUCUCAGGCAAACGUAUUUGACAUUAUUUGCUACCUCAUGCUUUUGGUUGGAGGUGCCAGGGAUUGAAUUUGGGACCUUUUGCAUGCCAAGCAUGUGUCCUGCCACUGGCCCUUACUCCCUCCUGCAUGUUAAAAUUAUUAUUGUGCAUCUUAGUGCAGAAGCAGAUGAUCUGAUUCUAACCCUGCUGUAUUGGAGUAGGCAGAGUGCUUAACAAUUUCCAAUUCCCAGCAAUUGAAAAGUAAUUGCUUGUUUUUCUUUGAUAAUGGAAUUUCUUAAUAAACUAAUAUGGGAGAAAAGAUAAGAAAAGGCUGUCACUAUUUUUGAGUAGGAUUCAAAAACAUGCCAGCAAAUUCAAGUAGUGCAAUUAAAGUUGAUUUGGCACUCUUCCACAACAAACUUGCUUCCCCCUCAAAACAGAAAGGAAAUGUGAUGAGUAAAUGCACUAAAAAAAUGUGGGUUAACAAUUGCUUGACAUGAUAUCAUCUAACCUCCCCGCAAACAAAUCAGGGUGAAUGUGGAAUAAACAGACUGCCUGGGAGAAGCCUAAGAACAUAAUGCUAAUUUUAAUAUGUAGUCGCAGGCCAGCAAGUGUUUCAUAAUAAGAAUUCAGCAACCAGCUUUUAGUUAAUGGCAUUAUUGGGCCCUGUUCAGAAGUCACAGCUUAUGGAUAGCAUAAAUUGGCUCAGUGUUAUAUUUGAACUUAUGUAACCUUAGUUUUAAUUGUAUAUAUAUAAUUUUUUAAAAAAAACUUUGCUCUCUUAAGCUUCCUGAAGGCCCAAUGGACUGUGUGAUGAGAAAUAAGGGGCGGAGCCUUUACAGUGGCCAUACCCAGACUUUGAAAUUCCCUGGCCAGAGAGAGCUGUCUCCCCCUUUUCUUGAUCUUUCCUUGAUGAUCUUCUUAAUGAUUUUGGUGAACUUUUUGCCACUGUUCUUAAGGUUUUUGCUGCUCUGUUUCUUCUAGGUAAUGAUGCUUUAGCGUUUUGUCAUAUCUCGAUUUGUGCUUUUUUAUCUGUCAUAUUUCCUUUUGUCUGCUCCUUUGAACUUUUUGGAAUGGUGGGAUGUAAAUGGCUCAAAUCAAAUAAAGAAAUUAAACCCAAAAAGUAAAACAACAGCAACAACAACAAAUCUAGAGCGAAUUGUGGUUUGCCUUUAAACUAGUGGUUGAAAUGAACUCAGGUCAGUUUCUACUCUAAAAGCAAACUUCAGUAAGAAGUAACUCUUUAAGGUUCAGAUAUAAUGUUCAACCAUGGAACACUAACAAAGGAAAGCACAUGCAAGAUGGAGGGGGGAUAUGUGACUUUAUAGGGUGCUCCCAAUCAAUAAACCAUGGUUUAGUGAUCAGGUAGCCUGGCAUCUUUGCCUGACCACUAAAGAGAGUUAAAGUGUGACGAAAAGAAAAAGAAAUUGGGGGUGCUACUAAACUGUGAUGCCUGUUGUAUACAUCUGUGUAAAAUCAAAAUUAAGAUUUUCUUUUCUUGAUUGUAUUCUUUUUAAUUCCUCUUUGCCUGAGCAGGAGCUCCACUUUCUCCUUUCAUUUUGCUUUUCUCAAAAUUCGAUGGCAAGUUUUAGCUAACAUAUUCCAAAGCUGAUGGAAGCCACUCCAUGCCACUGAGGCCGCCUGAGUCUCAAAUGGCAGCAAAGGAUCCAGAAGUACCCCCAAGCUACAUAUUCGCUCAUUCAGGGGAAGUUUAACCUCAUCAAGAGCAGGCAACCCCUAUUCUUCCAGUUUGGGGAGCCACCCACUAGCAGUGCCUCAGCCUUAACUGGACUGAGCUUUGGUUUGUUGGCUCUCAUCCAGUCCAUUACAAAGGCAAGACUGUGGUAUGCUCUAGGAUCCUUUGCAGUGCCAUGUGGGAUGCUGGAUUCAACCAAUUUCAUAUUGUUCCCAGCAUUUUGCACGAGGACUUUGGAUGCAUGCAUUCAUAUCAUGCAUGCUACUUCUCUGGCAUCUGUAAACAUAGUAGCUAGGAUUCCAAUAACUGCAAGCAAAGUUCCACUCUUGGAACGGAGCUUUUCUGCUCUGUCUUUUCUUUGCUUGCAUCUGAAGGUUGGGAAACCAUCUGGAAUGAUGCUUGACGUGGUGGUGAGGGAUUGCAGCUGUGUGAGUGGGAACUGUUGGCAAUUGGAGAUCCCACACCCCUCCCAGCAAUAAUGGAAACUAUAAUUUUUCCCAGGCUCAGCCUUUGGCCCAUCUAGUCCCCAUCUACGCAAAGGAUGAAAAACUUGUGGCCUUCCAGAUUUUGUUGGACUCCAGUUCCCAUCAUCCCUCAGUAUUGGCCAUGCUGGCUGGGGCUGAUGGGAGUUAAAGUCCAACAACAUCUAGAGGACCUCAUGUUCCCCUUCCCUGGUUUACACUGACUAACAGUCCUUUCUAGAGUUUGAAACUGGAGUCUUACCUGGCAAUAUGUGUAGAUGCCAGGAAUUGGACUGAGAUGUUUUGCAUGGUAAACUCCUGCUAUGCACCUGAAUUGUACAUAGGGCACUGUUGGAUUCAAGCCAGUGUUGACAACUGCUUGGCUGUUGUUAUUUGUGCAAUCAAGACUUGGAGAACCUGUUAAUGGGUCUUACUUGCAACAUUGAUUUGUUGACUGGUAAUGGGACCUAGGGCUUGCUGAUCAGAAGGUUGGUGGUUUGAAUCCCCGCAACGGGGUGAGCUCCCAUUGCUCUGUCCCAGCUCCUGCCAACCUAGCAGUUUGAAAGCAUGUCGAAGUGCAAGUAGAUAAAUAGGUACCACUGCAGCGGGAAGGUAAACGGCGUUUCCGUGUGCUGCUCUGGCUCGCCAGAAGCAGCUUUGUCAUGCUUGCCACAUGACCUGGAAGCUGUACACUGGCUCCCUCAGCCAAUAACACGAGAUGAGCGCCGCAACCCCGGAGUCGGUCACGACUGGACCUAAUGGUCAGGGGUCCCUUUACCUUUUUAAUGGGACCAUUGUCCUGCAAAUGUUGGCAGGUUGGCACACUGAGAAUAACAGGGUUUGCCACAGCAUCGGAUUUUUUUUAAAAAAAAUUAUUUAAAAGAAGAGUGCUAAUAGAAAACUGUUGCGAACCAUGUUGAAGGUGGGAUGCAAAGUGCAAAACAGAUGUGAUUUUUUAAAAUAGGAGCUUAAAAUAAAACAAAGGCAAUUAUUAAUUGCGACUAUUAACAUUCAUUUACUAAAAUAUUUUUCCUCAGCAAAUAAAACCAGUAUGUUUUGAGACUUUCAAAAGUUCUCUUCAAGUGUGGUCCUGCUUCACUGACCUCAUUAAAACCAGUUAGAAUAGCAUCUAAAUCAGGCAUCCCCAAACUGCGGCCCUCCAGAUGUUUUGGCCUACAACUCCCAUGAUCCCUAGCUAACAGGACCAGUGGUCAGGGAUGAUGGGAAUUGUAGUCCAAAACAUCUGGAGGGCCGAAGUUUGGGGAUGCCUGAUCUAAAUAAUAAGGACAGCAAAUGGAUUACAUUGGGAAAUUAUUCUCUCUUUUGCUUGGUUAAAGAUAUGUUAGAGCUUUGAAGAAAUCUGAACUAUCGUAAGUGGAUGUGUUAGAAGCUUCCUAAAAUUUACAAGCUGUAUGGCAUCAAAUUAAAUUACUCCUGUACAUGUGCCUGUGUCUGAAGGUUUGAUGAAUUAAUUAAAAUAUCACGUUUUGGC